AUGCUUAUCAUUAGAGGAGCAAAUGUCUCCGAUGCUGGCCGUAUCGCCGAGAUAUACGUCCAUGCAAUGAGCAUCAACCCCUUUCUCAUAUUUGAAUUUCCCACGCCAGAAUCUCGCAAGGUGUUGAUUCAUUCGUUGACAGAGCGAACAGUCGAUGAGCUUGAGACAAACCCAGACUCGGUACUCGUCGGUCAGGAUAGCAAUGGCAAUGGCGAAAUUGUCGGCUUUCUCAAAUGGACGCUCUAUGAAUGCUCGGAUGUCGGUAAAUCCGGCAGUGAUCCUGCUCCAGCUGUCAGCGAAUUUCACGCAAAGUAUCUCUCUGAAACAGCUGCAGCGCGGGAAAAGCACAUGAGAGAUCAUUCUUUUAUUCGUCAAUGUGACGUCAAUUUGUUGACCGUGGUAUCCGUCGGACUAGAUUUAAACUACCUUGCAAUCUCGCCAGAGGCUCAAAACCAAGGCGUCGCUCGCUCCUUGAUUGGUCGGAUUACAGACAUAGCUUCAACAAGACAAAUACCAGUCUAUCUCGAGGCCACAAUGAAUGCAGUAAAGCUCUAUGAAAAAUUUGGAUGGAAGGAAAUCGAAAGUAUACAUAUUCUGAUUCCCGAGAAGAAGGGUGAACCGGCGACGAAAGAUUACGAAGAAAUAUGCAUGGUGUGGCACCCUUUAGGAGCACAAGAAAUCAAUUAA